ACCCCUCACAAUUACGUAACAGUUGCGUAUAGAACGUUUGUCAACUUCACAAUUAACCUACAAGUUGUCCAAAUUAUUAGUAAGAAAUAUGUUAUUUACUACUGUCCGAAGUUCUUUAAAGUCUAUUUAUCAUAAAGCUGCAUUUUCAACCAAAGCUAAUCCGAAAAGUAAUGUAGAACCGGUAAAAUUGGCUUUCGCCUCAUACGAGGCCACCUCAGGGGUUGAAGGACCUCCACCACUAGUCAUAAUGCAUGGUUUAUUUGGUUCAAAAGGAAAUUGGAACAGUUUGUGUAAAGUAUACCACCAAAAGACCCUUCCACCUAGGAAGAUCUUCGCUGUCGACGCUAGAAACCAUGGCGAUAGCCCGCACUCUUCAGAACAUACCUAUCGCCAUUUAGCUGAAGAUAUCAAAGCCUUCAUGGACUCAUUCAAAAUAAAGAAAGCUUCCCUCAUGGGUCACUCCAUGGGCGGAAGGGCCAUGAUGCUAUUCUCAUUGCAUUAUCCAGAAAUGGUGGAUAAGCUCAUAGUUGCGGAUAUUUCCCCGGUACAGACCAGUCCCAGCUUGAGCUCUAUGCCAGGUCUCUUUGAUCUCAUGUUGACCACGAACCUACCGAAAAGCGGAGCGAUGUCCACAGCCAGGAACAAAGUCGAGAUGCAGCUAGCAACGAAAAUCAGCGACAAAGGUUUGCGUCAGUUUUUGCUCACGAACUUGAUACAGAAAUCGGACGGAAGUUUCGCCUGGAGAAUCAACAUCCAAGCUUUAGUGGCCAAUUUUAAAAAUAAUAUAGCUGCUUUUCCCUCUACAAAUGAUCUCACUUUCGGUGGACCAGUACUAUUCGUCGGUGGAGGAGCUUCAGACUACAUCCAGAAAAAUGAUCACAGGCAAAUCAAGAAGAUAUUCCCUGCUGCAAAAUUCCAUUACAUUGAUGGAGCCGGACAUUGGUUGCAUAGCGAAAAACCAGCGGAAUUUUUGAAGACUACUCUAGAUUUCUUAAAUAGCAAAUGAUUUGUAACAAAAGAUUAAAUAAAUUAUAAUAUAAUUAA